CGCUGCCAUGGUACUUAAGGUCUUCUUUCCAUCAUGCUGCUCCUCGGCAGAAAGUGGCAUUUUGAUCGGCCGCUGGAUCUCAGAACAGAGCUCUGCUGUUAUCCUUGCCGUGGUCCAUUUCCCUUUUAUUCCUGUCCAGGUGAAGCAGUAUCUCAGUGAAGUCCAACGGGUGACUAAAGUCAGCGUUUCUGUGCUUGGCUCAUGGAGCAACAGCAAACUGGAGAAAGAAGAGAGUCUGAGUGAGUUCUUGGAAGACCUUGGGACAAUAUUCUCCCAUGAGCCAUGGAUUCAGAUAAGCAAAGAGGGAGACAGCAAAUUCUGGAGCUGUUCUACCCUUCAGAAACACUCUAACAACCCUAAGGAGGAAGAAAUCAUCUUAGUAUACUAUGACCAGCGCAAAGUCAUGCUUUCCCACCUACAUCCCCCUUUGGACACAGCUACCUCCGCUGACCACAAGGCAGACGACGCUUCAAAGCUCUCUGCCAUCUUUGACACAGUUGCGAAGAGUAAGAUACUGUUCAUGACGGACAGAUAUGAUGAUGGGCCCCUCAAGUUGACCCACUGCUGCAGGAGCAGGGUGCUGAAGUUUUGGCCUUUGUCUUUCUUAUGGAGCAAACUCUCCACUUGUGAGCAGCUGGGACAUCGCCUGCAGCACCUCCAGGUCAUCAGCAGCAACAAGAAGGCUCAAACCCAGACUCAACUAAUGAGGAAAGCCAACAUCUUUGUCUCUCUGCUGAUUGAUGUGGCUCUGGGGAUACUGCUAAUGUCCUGGCUGUACAGAAAGAACCGAAUUGGUCACCUUGCUGACACUCUGAUCCCCGUGGCUGAUCAUGUAGCUGAAGAGCUCCAGGACCUGCUCCAGUGGCUAAUGGGAGCGCCAGCUGGACUGAAAAUGAACCGAGCUUUGGAUCAGGUUUUGGGCCGCUUCUUCCUUUACCACAUCCAUCUUUGGAUUAGCUACAUUCACCUGAUGUCCCCAUUCAUUGAGAUGAUCCUCUGGUAUGUUGGUCUGUCGGCUUGUCUGGGCCUGACCGUGGCUCUCUGCAUCCUCUCUGACAUCAUUGCGCUUCUGACUUUCCACAUCUACUGCUUCUAUGUCUACGGAGCCAGGCUCUACUGCCUGAAGAUUUACGGCCUGUCAUCUCUCUGGCGCUUGUUCCGUGGGAAGAAGUGGAAUGUCCUCCGGCAGCGGGUGGAUUCUUGCUCCUAUGACUUGGACCAGUUAUUUAUUGGAACUUUGCUAUUUACAAUCUUGCUGUUCCUCCUGCCUACGACUGCACUGUAUUAUUUGGUUUUCACCCUGCUCCGUUUGCUGGUGGUGAUUGUGCAAGGCCUGAUACACUUGCUAGUUGACCUGAUUGACUCUCUGCCUCUUUACUCAAUCAUCCUUCGGCUCUGCAGGUCCUACAGACUCGCAGCUGGUGUGAAGUUCAGAGUCCUUGAGCAGCAGGAUGGAAAACCUCUUCGACUCCUUAUGCAGAUCAACCCGCUGUCAUAUGGCAGCGUGGUACAGACAUACAGGCUGCCGACCUACAGCUGUUACCCUAAGGAUUCCUGGACAUCUCUCUGCAAGAAAUUGUUCCUUGGAGAGCUAAUCUACCCUUGGAAACACAAAGGAGAGAAGCAGGACUAAAGACAGCAAAAGAGCUUGAAAGACUUGGUCAGAAAAACACAUUGAAUCCUAAUGCUUUUGGACCAAAGGCAUCUCAGAGCCAGCAACUGCUGGAUCCCUUUAAUUAGAUCUUGGUAACAUGGGAGGGGCUGAAUUUUUAAAGGCAAGUAUUUUUAAACAUUAUUUUUCAACUUUCCUCUUCCCCUACACUGUGCUUGUGUAAUAUGCUAAUGAUUAUUUUUGAAGCAAAAGGUUAAACGCAUCAGUGCCUCAUGGAACCAGCAUUUAGUGUCAUCAAGGAGGUACCUCCCGAAUGGUUUGAUGUUGUAUAUAUCCUUCCAUGUAAGCUCACAGGGCCGUAUUAAAACAGUCCUUCGGGUGGUUCAGAGCCACAAUGCUGAAGUGCAUUCUGCCAAAGGGUAUUUUGGACCUUUUAUGCUUCAGCCUUCAAGCCAGCUGAUCAAAACCAAGAUGAAGGAUCAGCUUGUAGAGUCAUACACUGAAAACUGUACAGUGGGGUUGUCUGGGUUCAUAGGACAUUUAUUCUCUUUCUUUUGGGUGGGCUUGGAUUCACCCCCACUGCAGCACCGGAGGGGGUGUUAAGCAUAGAAGCAGCGGGGCUGGAGGCCCAGAAACACAGACUGCUGUACGUUUGUGCCUAUAUGGUCUCAUCUACAUUUUUUCAAAAGCAAAUCGUGUUUUGGGGGGAGCUGAGCCCUGAGCUGACACCAGAACUGAAGUGCAGAGCGCGCAGCCUCAGUCCCCAGACUGCUGAGGUUUACAUGGCAGCGAGCCAUGGUAGCUGAGAGCUCUGGGCUCUGCCAAGGCUCAGGGCUUCUUCGCUUAGUUGCAGCGUAAGGCAAACGCAGCUUUGCCGAGUCCAGCUCCGGCUGGUGUGUCUGCCGGAGGGCUGCAGCAGCCCGGCUUGUUACGCAGCUCGUCCAGCGCAGGGAAGCGUGUGCUGCGCUCCCUUACAGGGUCAGUACAUCCCCCUGUUCUCUCAGGGCCCAGGUGAGAGCCUCGUCAUGUGGUGCCUCAUCAUCUUUUUGCACUUUCUGAUAAGCAAGGAGCUUUUAAAGUUAUCUCAGAUACGAGGCAUUUAAAGCCGCUUCUUUCCCUGAAAAUGUAGACAUGUUUCUUUUAGGAGAGUUGUCCUGCUUUGGAUACUACCUCCACAGUGCAGCAGCGCUCAGCUUUUCGGUGUCCCGGUCUGAAUGUGUGCCCAUAUUGAUGCGAGUCUUCUAUUCCUUCUCUUGGGGAGAGUCCCUCUGUGCACAAGAGUGUGGUGUCCCGCUGGGUACUUUGUUGUUGUGUAGACAUUUACAUGCAAUCGUUACCCAAAAAUACGCUUUCUCCAGGUCUGCUAGCUCCUCUUGCCCCAGCUGAAACAAGGAUGUGCUAUCACUGUACCCUGCUGCACGCCCGAAGCGACUGCGUUAACUGGCAGGUGAGGGGUGUGCUGGAUCAUGCCCCCUUUUCCUCUGUCUAUUCAAGGAACCAAGGAUGGAGGGGGAAGAGGAGGAUGUUUUGUGGCUGCAGUGCUCAGCCCUUCUCUGGAAGGCUGCCUGCGUAUUCCGGUAGGAGUAGGUGGAGGCGAGGCAAGGAGCCACGGCAAGGUGCCCUGGGCUUUAGUAGCCUUCAGUCAGCUCCUCCACUGGCAGGGUAAGAGUUUCCUACACCAGCCCCAUGUCUCACCCAUGUAUUUGAAGCUGUCACAGAAGAGAAGGGGUUACGGCCCCAGGAAUGUAGGCUGCUUUAAGACGUCCCUGGCCAGAUAUAUUUGGUUUGUCUGUAGCUGCUAAAGCCUCUUGUGGUGCAGCCACUGCCUCUUCAGUCAUAGCUUGAUCAGGAGAAAAUGAAGCUCUGUAGGCAGGUGCUUGGUCCAGACAUUCCUUAGCAGGCAAACACAGGAGCUGCCAAGGUCUUAGGGUUUUCUUAAGGACAUCGUGAAGGGAGGCAGUAUUACAUGGGCACUGCUACCCAAAGAGGAUGUCCUGUUACCUUGACCCAGGGAAGAAGGGCGCAUCAUUGAAGAAAGCCAGCGUGGCAAAAGGCCCCCCCCACCGUCUGCCACCGCAGGCUCUGGGUGGGACAUCACUGGCUGCAGAAACUGGAGAGAUCUUUGUUCUUCUUUAAUGGUCAGUGCUUAAAACAUAUGCAUUCUUCUCUCGGAAUAUCGAUGCCCAAGUAUUUCUCUCUACUCCAGGUGUGAAUAACUCCAGGUUGUGAUCCAUUUAGUGGAUGAAUGGUCUGAAUAAUGUUUCUCGCUUCAGCUUAAGUCAGAGUCAUGGACACCCAUCCUUACCUGGCACUCAGCGGAGCAGAUUUACGCUUUACCUCCCUCUCAUGUUUCCACUUGAGCUACUAAAUGAUAUUCCCCCUGCUUCCUCCCAUGCCUGCAUAGUUAGGUUUACUAACUGUUGCGAGAAACUUUAUUAUUUUUGGUCUUGUGAAAAUAAUGUUCCUAAUAUCCUGGCUUUCAAAAUCUCUCUGUGAGACCAGACAGCUCACAACGGUCCUAAUCGUGGCUGUCCUUUGGGACCAAGUGACCUGAAAGCCCCAGAGACAGCACAGAGCCAUGAAAACCAGCAAAUGUGACUUUCCUAUUGGGAACCUGCCAAACAUAUUAGAUGUUCCAGUGUUGGGUCUGUUUACUAAAGGUUGAUACUGACUCCGGGGAUGGUGAAAUAUCGAACGGAGAAAAAGCUCCUCCUCAAACCCUGAAUCUUCUGCGACACAGAGGACCUUGAGUAGCCCAGCUGGGAAAUGACAGCCCCUCGUGGGUGCAGUUCUCCUGCGUCAGGCAGAACUGGUGCCUGAGCUGUCUUACUGUUUCUCGUCCUCGGUGUUCUCCUUGCCCAUGAUGGUAUCUGAGCCUAUGAGUUUCUUCUGCUGGAUAUUUGCCAUGUCUCUCCUCUUCCCUUCCAGUCACUGCUGUGAAAUAGUCUUCCCCCACCCUUUUCCGAUUCUGCGCAGAGACAUUACAACAACUUAGCAGACAUCCUGCUCAGGAACAUUUGACCUUAUGUCAUCUCUCUAAUUAGAAGUUGGGAUCAGCAUCAUCUUCCACAGCAGCACGGACUGGCCUAGCACUGACAUUUCCUCAGGGAAGAGACUGCUGGUGAGGUUAUGGCUCUAAUUUAUCCUCAGAUCCAUAUUAUCCGCAUCAGUCCUUGGAUGAGAAGUAGUUAAAGAUUUCAGAUCUUCUCUGAUCCCUACCACACACCCCUUACAGCAGGCAACAAGCAGUCUUUGCCAACCAUCAUUCAAAGACUGUAAUCUUGCAGACUCUUUUUAAUCCUGCAUUUCCUCCUUAUUUCUUCCACUUUGUGGUUCCCAGGGCUGGCACAACGCUCGCUAUGCCUCUGCAUAGGCAUGGUUUUUGUGAAGGAAAACGUGAUUCACUGCAUGCAAAACUCCAUCCUAGAUAGAAAUUCUGUCUUUGAGAAAUACUUUCCUUUCCUAACCAGAAUAGCAUGUGACGAUGCUGAAAGGAAAUCUCAGUAAUUACACUGCACUGAAGGCUGGUUAUGGUUUUGGGAGUUUUCCCUGGUCCUGCAGCUGGACUGUGCCUUGUUCUGCUGGCACAUGUGAAUAUACCAUCAGGCCCACAGAAAGAGCGUUGCACGUAUGUAUAAUCCAUACGUUGACUUACACUCUCAGGAGGGUAAGGCAGGAAAAUCUCCUGCUUUGUCAUCGUGCAGAUAAUGAGUUGCUUUCCUUCUGCCCUGUGCUGCCUGAUCCUGCUGCCACACCACCAUCUGCUUGCUUAACUCAAGCCCUUACUCUUUGUGCUUAGACCUGCUGAUUACACCAUCACAGAGUCACAAACUGGUGGAGGUUGGAAGGGGCCUCUUAAGAUCACCUGGUCCAACC